CCGGGAGGCGGCGGCGUGGGCGCGCCGGGACGGCAGCGGGGUUCGGGGCGGCCGCAGUACAAGGGCUCCGCUCGGCGAGCGCGGCCGCGCUUUUCCGGGCUAGCAGAGGCUCCCUCCGGAGUCGUGGAGCGCAGCUCUUCCCGGUGGGCUGCGGCAAGGGGGUCAUUCGUCCGGUCAGCGCAGGGUGGAGUAAUGGAACAGCUUCAGGAUCCAGUUAUGCAAGAAGAUGAAAAUAUUAAAGCUAUUAAUGAAGAGUACAGAAAAGCCUUUAUUUUUAUCAAUAAAGGACUGAAUACAGAUGAGCUGGGUCAGAAGGAAGAAGCUCGAAAUUACUACAAGGAAGGGCUUGACCACUUGCUCCGAGGACUUAGCAUUCCAUCGCAGGGUCCUGCAUGUGUAGGGUCUCAGUGGGAGUCUGCCAGGCAAAUGCAACAGAAGAUGAAGGAGACCCUCCAAAAUGUUCAUGCUCGACUUGACCUUCUAGAACAAAACACCCCACCGGUACAAGCAAGCCCUGCAGUUAUGGAUGGCCCUGCUGAGGAGACCAAGUUGUACCCAUCUAUUCCUUCCAAAGAAAAGCCAGAAAGGCCCCCAGCCCCCAAUUCUCUGUUUGUACCAAGUCAGCCACCUGCAGCAAAUGGAAGUGUUGCAACUGUGAGCCAGGGGCCAAUUCUGGCAAUGAGUCCAUCAUCUGCAAAACCUCUUUGUCCUCCAAAUGAAGCACCUCCUGCCUAUACUCCUCAAGCUACCAAUGGCCACUUUACUGUAUCUUACGGCACAGACUCUGGGGAGUUUUCUUCUGUAGGUGAGGACUACUACAGUAAGUGUACUCAGCCACCUCCCCUUCAGAACCUGGGAGUGGAUGCAGAUGAGCUGAUCUUGAUUCCCCAAGGAGUACAGAUAUUCUUUGUGACUCCUGAUGGGCUAGUUAGUGCUCCUUCAUAUCCUGGAUAUCUACGCAUUGUGAAGUUCUUGGAUACAGAUAGUGAGAUGGCUCAGAAUCAUCCACCUGCGUUUCUUCAGGUUUGUGACUGGUUGUAUCCUCUAACGUGUAACCAGUCUCCUGUUCUGUGCUGCAAUACUGGAGUCUACAUGUUUCCUGACACAAUGUCCCAAAUACCAGGGUCCUAUGUGGGAGUAGUGCUGUCUUCAGAACUUCCAGCAUCUGACCGAGAGCUAUUUGAGGAUCUCUUAAAACAGAUGUCUGACCUUCGAAUCCAGGUGCCAGGAUCCCAUGAGAGAGUAGGGUUAUCUUCACAGCUCCCAGCAACUGAGAGAGUGCAUUUUGAAGAUAAAUUUAAACAGAUGUCUGGCCACAAAGUCCAGCCUUCUGAAGCCUCUAGUGAUGCAGUUAACUUGCCCCAGACUGUACAUAUCCAACCACAAUCUGAAGGAGCAGAAGAUCAGAAAGAGUUGCCAGAAUGGAGUGAGAAAGUUGCCCAUGGAAUCCUGUCAGGUGCGUCUUGGGUAAGCUGGGGCCUUGUCAAAGGAGCAGAAUACACUGGUAAAGCAAUCCACAAAGGAGCUUCUAAACUGCGAGAACACAUUCAACCAGAAGAAAAGCCUCUGGAAGUCAACCCAACUGUAGCAAAAGGACUUCACGUAGCAAAACAGGCUACUGGAGGAGCUGUCAAAGUCAGCCAAUUCUUAGUUGAGGGAGUGUGUUCUAUAGCAAGCUGUGUUGGAAGGGAGCUGGCUCCACAUGUGAAGAAGCAUGGCAGCAAAUUAGUUCCAGAAUCCCUUAAGAAAGAUAAAGAUGGCAAAUCUACUUUUGAUGGUGCUCUGGUGGUAGCAGCAAGUGGAGUUCAAGGAUUUUCAACAGUGUGGCAAGGUUUAGAAAGUGCAGCAAAGUGCAUUGCUAAAAGUGUUUCAACUGAAACCGUAAAAACUGUCAAAUACAAGUAUGGAGAGGAUGCUGGCCAUGCUACAGACGAUGCUGUGAAUUCUGCAGUCAAUCUUGGUAGGACGGCAUUUAACAUCGAAAAUAUUGGUAUCAAAGCUGUUGUGAAGAGAACUGCAAAGGAAGCAGGCCAUGCUGUGUUAGAUGAAUAUAAAGUAUUGGAUAAUGAGAAGAAGGAUAAAAAGAAGCAAUAAAAUCCUUUUCAAAGCCUUACAUUACAGAUAAAACUUCCUAUAACUAUAUUGCUAAUUUACAGUUUAACACAAUUCACACUGUACUUCUCAAGCAAACGUUACUUAAUUGAAAAUGUAAGGAGAGCAUUUGUGGAUGGAAAAAUUUAAGGAUUUAAGUCCUUGUUCUCUAUCUCUAAACAACUGGAAGGGUAUGUUUGCAGUUAAUAAGCUUGCCUCUAAGCACUUUUUGGAAAUACAGUAUGGAAUAAUAGAUUAAUAUAGAAAUACUAUUGUCAAUAUUUUUCUAACACUUUAUAUUUGUAAAGCAGGUGGUGAUAUAGAACAAAGAGGAUUAAUAGUUUUGGGUUUUAAACUCACCUUAAGAGUUAAAUUUAUUAAAACAGCCUUGUCUUAUUUAUUAUGCACUACUACAAAGGAGCUUUGUGGUUCAUUGGUUUGUAAAGAUUUUCUCUUUUCAGUUACCAAACAGCUAAUCAUAUCCAAAGUUUGUUAGAAUAAAUGAAAGAUGAACCUCAGGUAACUAUGUAUUUAUUCCCUUAUUUUUUUUUCAUCCAGCAUAUAAGAAAACCAAAGAUACCAAGCAUUUCUUCUAAAAGAGAGUAUUUUCAACUCUAGAUAAAUGUAUUGUCCCACUCACUCCAUAAGGAAUAUAUGAAAAAAUAUUUGAAAUUGAGAUUUUUAUGUAAACAAGUAUUUUUCCUCAGAAAUUAUUUUUCUGUAAAACCAUUCUAUAGAGGACAGUAUGCAUUCUGUACUUAAGCCGAUCCAGAAAGAUUCAGAGUACGUAUCAUGGCCUUCUAAAGGAAGACAUUACAUGUUUGCUUCAACAAGUCAGCAUCUUCCAUUAAAUUCAGUUGCACAAGGUAUGUCUUCAAAGGGUAUGAAGACAAGAACUUUUAAUGGAGAGAUGUGUGUGGAUUAGAGUACACAUAACUGUAGGUCUUUGAUCCCAUUUCUAGUGUGUUGUGAAGUAACUCCAUAUGUAGAAUCCUUGAGAUUACUUUUACACUGCUACUUAUUUAACCGUUCAUUAUUAAGUUUAAAGCUGCUACACAUUCCAACACUGGCUGGACUUGUGGCAAACACAACACUAUCAAUUUCCAACUUACCUCCAUUCCAUGUAAAUGGAGAAAAUAAGUGGUUGAUAGCAAGUGUUUGCAUCAGAUUGAAAAAAGACAAUGUGUAUUAGAUUGGUAAUAGGUGCAGAUGUUGUGGUAGCUACUGUAGGUAUGUACUUAGGGUGAGAAAUGUGAAGCAGAGGAUCUAACCACUUGAAGUGUAACUUUGAUUUAUGGAAAUAAAGAUUAAAUUAAAAUUG